AUGAGUGAAGGAUUGGUUUUGGAUAUGAUGAAUGAACUUCUCUGGGAAUUCAAUGUAUCAUGUCUAAAGAAAGACCUAACACUGACUCCUGGGAGAGUUGGCUCUCAAGGUUCUGAUUUAGAUUCAGCAGGAACGCCUAUAAACACAGAUGUCAAUAAUGAAAGCUCUUCAGAGGGCUUCAUAUGUCCCCAGUGUAUGAAGUCUCUUGGAUCUGCUGAUGAACUUUGCAAACACUAUGAGGUGGUUCAUAAUGCUGGUCAGGAUUCGAGUCAUGGAGGCGAGGCUAAUCUUGCUCUGAAGCGAGAUGACAUAACACUACUCAGACAAGAGGUCCAAGACCUACAGGCUUCACUUAAGGAAGAAAAAUGGUACUCAGAAGAAUUAAAGAAAGAAUUAGAAAAGUUUCAACAGUUGCAGCAGCAAGAGUCCAAACCUGAUGGAUUGGUGGCUGAUUCAUCAGCAGAACUACAGUCAUUGGAACAACAAUUAGAAGAAGCCCAAAUGGAAAUUUUUAAUAUUAAGCAAAUGAAAGACUUGUUUGAGCAGAAAGCAGCCCAACUUGCUACUGAAAUUGCAGGUAUAUUGAAUCAAAAUUUUCUUCAGAGGCCUGGUAUAGAAGAUGUUGCCGUGCUGAAGAGAGAACUGGUCCAAGUGCAAACUCUGAUGGACAACAUGACCUUGGAACGUGAGAGAGAAUCUGAAAAACUGAAAGAUGAGUGUAAAAAAUUACGAACAGACUUUGCUAACUCGGAGACUGUAAUACACCAGCUAAGGAGUGAACUUGCCAAAGGACCCCAGGAAGUUGCUGUGUAUGUGCAAGAACUACAAAAACUUAAAAGUUCAUUUAAUGAAUUAACACAGAAAAAUCAGGUGAGAUUACAUGGAAAACUUUUGGAGACAGAACACCAACUAGGGGAAGCUCAUGGUAGGCUAAAGGAGCAGCGACAGCUUACAAGUGAAAAACUGAUGGAAAAAGAACAGCUAGUGGCUGAUCUGCAACUCAAACUGUCUCGUUUAGAAGAGCAGUUAAAGGAAACAGUAACAAAUACCACAGAAUUGCGGCAUCAAUUAGAGAAAGCAAAGCAACAGCAUCAAGAACAGCAAGCUCUUCAACAAAACACUACGGCAAAACUUCGAGAAGCCCAGAAUGAUUUGGAACAAGUGCUACGUCAAAUUGGGGAUAAGGACCAAAAGAUCCAGAACCUUGAAGCCUUACUACAGAAGAGUAAAGAGAAUAUUUCCUUACUAGAAAAAGAAAGAGAAGAUCUUUAUGCAAAAAUCCAGGCUGGUGAAGGAGAGACGGCGGUUCUUAACCAGUUACAAGAAAAAAAUCACACACUGCAGGAGCAAGUAACGCAGCUAACAGAAAAGCUAAAGAAUCAAUCGGAAAGCCACAAGCAAGCCCAGGAGAAUUUGCACGAUCAGGUGCAGGAGCAGAAGGCCCACCUGAGAGCUGCCGAAGACCGAGUCCUUUCCCUGGAAACCAGUGUCAAGGAAUUAAAUAGUCAAUUGAAUGAAAGUAAGGAGAAAGUCGCCCAGCUUGACAUACAGAUUAAAGCCAAAACUGAAUUAUUGCUAUCAGCAGAAGCAGCAAAAGCUGCUCAAAGAGCAGACCUUCAGAAUCAUUUGGACACAGCUCAGAAUGCAUUACAAGAUAAACAGCAGGAGUUAAACAAGAUCACUACUCAAUUGGAUCAGGUAACGACAAAGUUUCAGGAGAAGCAAGAACAUUGCAAUCAGCUGGAGAGUCAUCUUAAAGAAUACAGAGAGAAACAUCUCUGUUUAGAGCAGGAAACAGAAAAACUAGAGGGCCAGAUUAAGAAACUAGAAGCUGAUAUUGUUGAACUUAAAACAAGCAAGGAGCAAGCUUUGCAAGAUCUACAGCAGCACAGGCAGCUGAGUGCAGACUUAGAGCUCCGAGCCACAGAACUCAGUAAGCAACUUGAAAUGGAGAAGGAAAUGGUAUCCAGUACAAAGGUGGAUCUACAGAAAAAAUCUGAAGCCCUUGAAAAUGGUAAGCACAUGCUUACCAAGCAAGAGGAAGAGAAAACAAAGCUUAAACAGGAAAUUGAAAAUAUAAAUCAAGAUGCAAAGAUGCAGCACAAAGAAUUGAAUAACAGAAUUCAAGCAGCAGUAACAGAACUGCAAAAUAUGAAGACAGAAAAAGAAACUCUAAUGACUGAACUUUCUGCAACCAAAGAGAAAUUAUCCAAAGUUUCUGAUUCUUUGAAAAACUCCAAAAGUGAACGUGAGAAGGAAAGUCAGAAAGGAAAAGCUGUUAUAUUGGAAUUGGAAAAAUCUUGCAGAGAAUUGAAGCAUCAACUUCAAGUACAGACAGAAAGUACUCUUAAAGAACAGAAUGAACUGAAAAAGUCACUUGAAAAUGAGAAGGAGACAUCUCGUCAUUUGAAGUUGGAGCUUAAUUCGAUGCAAGGACAAAUUGUACAGGCCCAAAAUACAUUGAAACAAAAGGAAAAAGGAGAGCAACAACUUCAGGGGACCCUGAGUGAACUAAAGCAGCUGACCGAACAGAAGAACGAGCAGAUUGAAGCACUGCGAGGAGAAGUCAGAACUGGUCUUGCGCAGAAGACAGAGCUUGAGAAGAAACUACAGCAGAAGUUAACACAAGCAGCGCAGGAACUGGCAGCAGAGAAAGAGAAAAUAUCACUGUUACAAAACAUCUAUGACAAAAGCCAGGAAAAUCUGAAACAGCUUCAGUCUGAUUUCUACGGGAAAGAGUCCGAGCUUCUAGCCAUAAGGCAAGAUCUUAAGUCUGUAGAAGAGAAGCUUUCUCUAGCCCAGGAGGACUUGAUUUCAAACAGAAAUCAAAUUGGAAACCAAAAUAAAUUGAUUCAAGAACUGAAGACUACCAAGGGCGCUUUGGAGCAGGCCUCAGCUGCGAAAGCACAGCAGUUGAAGGAGCAGGAUAAAGCACUACAAGACACGAGGAAAGAAAAGUCACUGAUAGAAAAAGAAUUAGUCAAGGUGAAAUCUAAGUUGGUAGAGAUAGAGGAAAUAAAGGGUAGACAAGAGAGAGAAAUGGCCACACUGAGUGAGCAGCUUAACUCUCACAAGCAAGAAAGCCUGAAGGAGAUAACAAAUCUCAAGGAAGCCAAACAGCUCUUGAGUCAGCAGAAAUUAGAGCUUCAGGGAAAAGUGGAUUCCCUGAAGGCUGCGGUUGAACAGGAGAAGAAGAACCAGCAAGUGUUAAAAGAGCAGGUGCAAAAGGAAGAAGAUACGCUGAAGAGGGAAUUCACCGAGAAGGAAGCCAAAUUGCAUUCUGAAAUAAAAGAAAAAGAAGUAGAAAUCAAAAAACAUGAAGAAAAUGAGGUGAAGCUUACCAUGCAGAUCACUGCCUUGAAUGAAAAUCUGGGCACGGUAAAGAAGGAGUGGCAGUCUAGUCAGCGGAGAGUUACUGAACUUGAGAAGCAAACAGAUGUCCUCCGCGGUGACGUGGCAGUCCUGGAUGCAACAGUGCAGAAUAACCAAGAUGAGAGGAGAGCACUGCUGGAAAGAUGUCUUAAAGGUGAAGGUGAGAUAGAAAAACUUCAGACCAGAGUAGGAGAACUGCAGAGAAAGCUAGAUAACACCACUGCUGCUGUGCAGGAGCUGGGCAGAGAAAACCAGUCUCUUCAGAUCAAACAUACUCAAGCAUUGGCUAGAAAGUGGACUGAAGACAAUGAAGCACAAAACUGUAUGGCCUGUGGGAAAAACUUUUCAGUAACAGUGCGACGGCAUCACUGCAGACAGUGUGGAAAUAUCUUCUGUGCUGAGUGUUCAGCCAAAAAUGCCUUAACCCCCUCUUCCAAGAAGCCUGUUCGUGUCUGUAAUGACUGUUUCAAUGACUUGCAAGGGUAAUGUGUUAUCACAACAUCAGAGUAAUAUCACACUAACAUUAAUUUUUUAAUAAACAUAUCUAAUAGCGCACUUGAACUAUAUGUUAUGAUUUGGACAGUGGUUGAAUAACUAGGCCAAAUUAGUAUUCAUAUAUUUUGAAAUGUUCUCAAUAUCAAGUAAAACUCUUCUAUUUUUGUGAGACUUGGGCUCAUCUUUUAUUACUUUUUGCCCCCAUUUAACCCUUGGGACAGCUUUCAUGCCAAGUUUAGAAUUAGCUAACAGAAUGUAAAUAACUUUGGACAGAAAAUAGCAAUGUAUUUUUUUAAAUAUAAUUUCAUUGUUCACAAAUAACAUGAAAAUAAUUACAUUGCUUACUUCUUGUUUCUCCCAAAUUUAAGGUACAAAAAAUGAAUUUGAAUGAUAUCACUUGUGUUUUUUUGCACAAUAGCACAUUAUUAUAGAAAAUGUUAUCUUUAUGAAAUCAUGCUCGGAACUAUAAAACUUUCUCUUCUUUUUCUGAUAUGUAGGUCCAUAGAUCAAUUGCACUGUCAGGUUAUGUAUUUACUAUCUGGGUAUUCUAAAUACUUAUUUUAAAAUAUGUAUUAGUUAUUCAAACACGGUUUUUGUUUUAACAAUAUGGAUUAAAUUCUUUCGGGUGGAUUUUGUGAAAACCUCUAUAAAAUCAGUUUACUUACUUUAUGGUUAUCCUGGGGUUGUAUUUUAAAAACUAAAAUUACUUUUUCCUUUUUGCCUUUUUCUAUCUCACUUGUAAGCCCACAUCAUGUCCUCUAUUAAGACUCCCACAAGCUUCCUAUCUUCGUUCCCAGUUGGAAGAUGAACAUUAGACAUUGUGUUCUUUGUUUCUUUUAAGUGGGAAGGCUUCUGAGAUUAGCUUCAUAUUUCAACUUCAUUUGGUCACUCCAGCGUCAUCAGGAUUCUGAGUUUGCUGUUUUCUUAAGGGAUCUAUUUUUGUUUUUCAUUUAAUUUGGUUUAAUCUUCUGAAGCAUAGUUUCGCUUUGCUGCAAUUGUAAAAUUCUACCUCUUCAAAUUAGUAAUUGGUACUGCUACAACCUUAUCCUCUGUGAAAACAAGAUAAAAAAGUAGCAAGGAGCCAUGAACUGUUCCACUCUAUAUUUCCUCCAUACCUGCGGGGGAAGGCAAUUUUAAAUGUUGGACAGUUGGCUUAUAUUUAAAUCGGUUCACAAUUUGGGGUUCCAUAUCAACUGGGAGAACUUUUAACUUUACAAAAACAGUGCUAUGAAAUUACUUUAACAGCUAGAGAGAAAAGUAUUACCAAAAGUCAGUGUGUUAAGGAAUCCGUCAGUUGUUAUCAAAACUGAGACUGAUGCCCGAACAAAAUGGAAUUAAACUUUAAUUUGUUCUAGUUUUCUAAAGAGUCAACAUCGAGAGUGCUUUAUUAUUUUUAGAGAAGAAAUAUAAAGUCACACAUUGAUUGAGUGCAGUCAUUAACAGAAAAGGGCGUAAGUUAAUAUUUAAUUUACAAUAGUUAGUAGUGUACACUUGCUUUCAAAUGUCAUGCUGGAUUAAGAUGAUCAUGUUUAAAUUAUGCCUGACAUAUAUAAACUAAAAUAAAUGGUCAAAUACUCAUUACAGAAAAGACAAACAUUUGCUUAAACCUCUUGCCAAUAAUAUUAAGGACACUAAUUGAGUUCUUGGACUUAGGUAAAUAUGUAUUCUUUAGCUUAAAUAAUGAAGAAAUACGAUUAUUUAUUAACAUAUGGGUUGGAAAACAAACUGAGCUAAAUUAUGUAUGGAAUGUCUUACACUUAAAACCUUUUCAAACAGUUUCAAUCAAAUACUUUUACCUGUAAGUACCAGAAUAAAUGGGUUGGAAAAACAGGCAUUCUCAGUGCUCUUAGGUUUUGCUUUGCGGGGGGAAAAAACCCCCAGCAAACUAAUAAAACAUCCUAAGAAUUUUUCUGGACUAAAAUAUUGAUUGCUCUCCUGUAAUGAAAUGCUCGAAAGGCUUUCUCCUUGCUCACCACCAGUUCCUUUCUCCUAAUUUAGAAUACAAAAUACAUUUAAAAUUUGUGGCUAACAAACUAAGGAAACAUAGGCUUUGGGUGGCUUUCUACUUUUCAUCUAAUCUCAUUUCUUACACCCUAAAUUAUUUUCCCCGGGCUGCAAUAUCGAUAUCAUAUCCGAAAUCUAAUUUGUGUGGUUAAUGUGCACAAAUUCAAGGUGUUCUGGAAAUAAAAAUUAGAGCAGUAGAUUUCGGUGUCUUUUCAGUUAAGUCAUUUCUCUUGUCUUUAUUGGCUACUCCUGUGGGUGUCUCUUAGUACCAUUAUUCUGUCAGCAAGUCGGAGCUGGCAUGGACAGGCCCAGCUCUGGGCUCUAAUGUAAAGCUUAUUGGCUUCAUGUGUUCAUUAAUUCCAGACCUCAGCAUUGCACUGAGAAGUGAGCUAAAGUCAAUUCAUGUUGGGUUAGUGUGCGAUAAAGUGUAUCUACAGAAACUUUUUCAUAGAAAGAUGGCAAAGCUGCUAGUAUAGGCUGUGUUCCUUUUUUAAGAAGAGGACAACAAACACAAAACCUCAAUGUAGAAUACAAGUAACAUUUUGUUCAACUACCUCUUAAUGUGGAAUUAGUUAGCUCAGUGUUUUCCUCACAGUAAUGUUCAAUAGCGACUGCCAAAUUUGUUAGUUUCCCAUUACCCUUAAAAAGUCUGAUUAUUUCAUAUAAUCUAAAAAAACUUUGAAGCCACUUUUCUUUUAACCUUGCAUUUGCAUAAACAUAUUUAGCUUCUAAUUAGAGAGUAAAUUACUAUCAUCUAUUUUGAUAUUCAUGACUUGUUUGACUACAGCGUUUUUUUAAUGCACUUUGGCUAUAAAACUGUGGAUGAUUUGAUCCAUAAGAUUUAAGUGUGCCAUCAAUUUAGUAUUCCUAGCCAAGAGCUUGACGAGUGAUAUUCUGUAAUUAUAAUGCGCCACACAUUAAUGUGUCUUAAUUGCCCUUUGCCUGAAUUUUAAUGAUCAAUUUGUUCUUGUUGCAGAUGUGAAUAUUGUGUAUAAACUUACUAAAUUCAUGUAAAGUUUUAAAAACAGAAUUGGAAAUGGCUAAGUUCUUUCUGCAUAGGAUUCAUUAUAACAUGAUACAUUUAUGUAUUCCACAUUCUGUACUUUCUUAAACUGGAUCACACGUUCACAAUUUCUGUAGAUACGUUUGCAUGGAUAUCUUUGCAUUUAGUUUUGAGAUUCACUAUUUGUCUUGUGUUUACUACUUGUGAUCAUGUAGUUGUGCCUUAUUUUGUGAGAGAGUUUAGCUCAGUCAAUACUGUAAUUUCUAAACUCAGUGAUUGGAAAGGUCAUUGAUUGUAAAUAUAAUGGGUAAAUUUCAUGGUUCAGCAUUUAAAUCUGUACAAAGAACAAUGGAAGGAUCCUUAUUGAAUUGUUGCUUUUUAAAAAUAUGUUAAAGAUAUGAUAUUAAAAAACAUUUUCUAGUAAAAGUA